UGUGUGCCAAAUACUGAGCGCAGAUUCAAUGAUUUCCUUAGCCGGUAGAAUGUCUCGAACGAAGUUGCACAAUUCGUAAGCAAACGUGAAAUGUAUUAUUUGUUUAGCACCAGAAAAGUAUUCGAGUUCAUAAAGCAAGCGUGUGAUAAGCAAGGCUUAUGUGUGUGUGUGCGUUUAGCGGCGGACGUGAAGGUCGUUAUGAUUAGCAUAAAAUGUGUUAGCAACCGGCGAUCCCACUCAAACUGUUGACGACGAUCGAAGAUCAAUGGACUUUUUGGUUGUUUUGUGUGCAUCUUCGUAAGUUUCUUCUCCACACUGAACCGAGCGGCUCGAGGUCAGUGUCAUCUAAAUGAAAAAAGCAAUACAAAAUACAAACGAUAUGGUUGAGGCCAAAUGAAAAUAAAAAAUAAAAACAAAAAACCGGAAAAGCAAGUUCCCGGCAGACCAAAAGUAUGUGAAAUUGGUGGCUCAUCAAAAUUCAUUGGUCUUUUGAAUGUCGGGAAAGUGAUGCAAUGGAUCUGCAGCACAGGCGAUCAAAUCAGUGUUUGUAUUCGUUGUAUUUGUUGUGCAAAAAAGUGUAUUGUGCCAAUCUUUUGAAUAAAACAAAAAAAGCUAGGUCUUUUGUUGCAUUCUGUCGUUGAUCAUUGAACAUUGAUCAUUUCGCAACUGAUGAUAAUAUUGUACCGCGUAAGUAGGGCAAAACUUUGAAGAAUCAGUAAAUUUAGUGUAAUAAAAAGGAUUUACGAUUAAAUCUCGAUUUCGUUCGAUGUGAAAAUAGUAAGUGUAGCUGUACGGAUGCAUCAACUCACUAUGGGGCGGUUUGUGGUCCUAUGCUGGUGGUUCUUGCUGCUGACCAACACGAUACACCGAACGCAAGUUGCGUGCAGUUCUGUUCUAGUGGCCGACUUCCGGAUGACGCGAAUGGUUGAACUAAGCAGUCGACCUCCGUACUGCAAGAUCCACUCUGACCGUGGAGACAUUCAGCGCAUGCUUUUAGCAUCGGACACGAAGAAGGUACGGCAAGUGCCGCGAGAAUCGGUAAUAGCCCUGGAAGAGGUAUGUGGCGAAGCUAGUAACAUUUCCGGAGAGCUGCAAGGAGGGCUGGGAUUUAUUUACCCUGGCACUAAAUGGUGUGGACCAGGUACCAUCGCAACAAACUAUUCCGAUGUGGGACGAUAUGCUGCCGAAGAUCAGUGCUGCCGAGAACAUGACUUGUGCCCUAAUGUGUUACUCCCGGGCGAGUGCCGCCGUGGGUUAUGCAACCGUGGCGCCUUCACUCGUUCUCAUUGCGACUGUGACGCACGUUUCAGAAGAUGUUUGCAGAACUUAAACACGGAGACGGCCAACACACUUGGUGCUAUAUUCUUCAAUGUCGUACAGGUGACAUGCUUUGGCGAAAGAAGACCGUGCUCAGUUUGGCAAAGUGGCAGCCACUCGGGAUACGAUUGUUCCGUACAGUUCUAUCGCUCUGGCACGUACAACCUACCGUUUGGUGGUGCGUAUAAUAAACAAGCAAAUUCGCUACGAAACUCGCGGUCGUUUGACCUGGGCAGCCCGAAUGACGUUACCGGUGGAAAUCAAUUGAAAAUCAGCUCGCUGGGCUUAAUAUCGCAGAAUUUGUUUAAGGACCUGUUUGUGAGGCCGCUAAACGGCUAUACACGCUACUGGAUAACGGCAAAGUCGAUCGUAUACGGAUGAACGUUACUGUUUCCAGGAAUGCUUGAAUGAUCCGGGUCCGAUAGAGAUUGAGACUGUCUGUAUAAGGUUUACAGUACAUUGCUAAAACCCAUGAGGUUCAAAACCUCUCAAAACACCAGCAACAACAAUACAUUGCUAGACUUGUUAUUUGAGCAAUAGGAAUCGAAAUCAGGAAUCGAUUUACGCUCGCACAGAUGUUCCAUUCAAUUACCAGUAUUUCAUGGACAACUGUAUAGUUACCUUAGUUUUCCUCAGGGCUAGAUCAGUAUUUGUUAGUGAGUGUUUGCUACCUAAUUGUAAGUGUAACUCAUUUUGGAACAAAGUACCUCAAACGCUCCACACAAUGAUGGUCUGCUGUGAGUACAGGUCGGAGAAAAUUUUGAAUGAAUGUAGCCAUGAAAAUAGCGGGUGAAAGAGUGGUCCGAAAUUUAAUGGCCGCAAAGAAAAACGAAAGCUGAAGCGACGGAAGCUGACCACGUCAAGGCACAGCGGAAACAAAGCCAUGCGGCCUCAAAAUGUGAACAGCUCAUGGACAAUGAGUGGGCUUCAACCAGACGGAAGCGGACGAGCUAUGCUCAAGGUGGAAGUAUCGGCCGAGCGAAAAAUACAUCCCAAUCAUGCAGCAAAAGUCGAAUAAAUAACUAGCUUCAUAGUAAAUGCGCGCUGAUGGCGUAAUCAAGGGUUCUCUGAAGAUAGUCAAUUGAGGAGCACUACUGUACAUGUACAAGUACAUCCGUUACAAAGCAUCCAGCUGUACACACGAUUGAUCAAUAGGGAGUGAAAAUAGGAAAGCUUCUUAAAUUGUAAUAGUCAUGUUGGCCGCAACAUUGAUGUGACUAGUAAAAUUAGUUAAAGUUGGUCGUUAUGCUUAUAAGAUUUGCUCAAGUAAAAGAAACACUCCGUAACGAUAGUGAUUGUCGUUUUCUCUCGCCUUACGAUGAUUGUCUUAUGCAGAUCAACUAUUAAAUGCAUUAAUUAAUUAUUUGUGAUGAGUAAUAUUUCAUCUCUAUUUCGUAAAAGGCUUUCGUCUAAAAAGUAAACAUAUAGACAUUCCAUCACAUUAGUUGCAUUCGAAAUAAAAAAUACAGCAGCAAAAAAUAAGUUGAGGUUUUAUUAAUGCACUCCUACAUUAACUUGCGACUUCAAAAUGAGCAACAUAUUAGUUUUCUUCUAGCGUCCGUUGCGCUCAAAGUGUCAAAGAAAGGGCUAAUAAAUAGACCAUACUUUUUAAAGUCAA